AUGCACGUGUCAAGCAUCAUCUCAGCCUUCAGCCUGGCCAGCCUGGCCCUGGCUAGCCCGGUAGAAGUGGUUGAGCGUCAAGCUCAGAAACUGAAGAUUACUGGCUGGGACCAACACCACGAGGGUCACUCCGGCUGGCUGGCCGUCGACAUUGCCAACAACUACCUGACCAACUGGCUCAAGAGCACCCCCGCCGACAUCGUCAUGUUCAUGCUCGGCACCAACGACGUGGUCCGCGGCAAGACCACCGACGACGUCAUCGCCGCCUACACCAAGAUGGUCAACAUCAUCCGGGCAGCAAACCCUAAGACCAAGAUCAUUGUCGACCUCGUGAUCCCGCUCUCCUUCUCCAACGCUCCCAUCCAGGCCAUCAAUGCACGCAUCCCCGCCUGGGCCGCCGGGCUCAACACCACCGAGUCGCCCAUCGUCGUCGCCGACUGCUACACGGGCUUCCAGACCUCAUAUCUGCGCGAUGGCGUCCACCCCAACCUGGACGGCGACCGCGUCAUUGCCUCGCGGGUCGGGCCGUUGUUGCUAGAUUAUGUGAAGGCGUCGCUGGCGUAG